CUAAUGGUCCGUCGAAAAAAAAUCAGGAUAGGUUAAGACAUUAAACCUGUUGAUUCACAAAAGUUUGGUCUGUAUAAUUUGUAUUUCACAUGGGUCAAAGGCUGCAUGAAGCGGUAGGGUUGGCUCGCGAUCCAUGUAAAAGAAUUUGCACUUGUUUAUGUUAAAUACUUCGUUGUUUUUCUUUAAUUCAACCAAUUUUAUUUUGUAAUGUCUUUUGUUCUUUUCCUCUUUAUCUUUCUUUCUUUCUCCUCCCUGAUGCAAACAAAGUAUAACCUUAUCUCUUCCCUGAACUCACAACAGCUACGGCUUUCUCUUCAGUGAUUCAACACAUCACAACAAUGUCUGCUUCUGAAGCAGUUGUUCAUGUGGCUUUCCUCCCAAGUGCUGGCAUGGGCCACCUCAACCCAUGUCUCAGACUAGCGGCACUGUUCCUCGGCAAUGGUUGCAAAGUCACUCUCAUCACUCCCAAACCCACUGUCUCCAUUGCUGAAUCAAACCUCAUCUCUAGCUUUUGUUCUUCUUUCCCUCAUCAAGUAACUCAAGUUCACUUCAACCUCAUUCCAUUGGAUCCAACCACAGUUUCCACCAACAUCGACCCCUUUUACCUUCAGUUUCAAACCAUUCGUCAUUCCGUUCACCUUCUACCUCCAAUCCUAUCUUCACUCUCAACACCACUUUCUGCUCUCAUCUACAAUGUUUCCUUAAUCUCCGCUGUAGUCUCAAUUUCAGACAAACUCCUUUGUCCCACUUACAUUUACUUUACCUCCUCAGCCAGAAUGUUGUCUUUCAAUGCAUACGUUGCUGUUCUUGCUGAUUCCGAUCCAGCUGCACAACCGCACCCUUCUACGUUCAUUGGGGAUGCUGUUCGAGUCCCGGGCUUCACAUCGCCAAUACCAAGAUCCUCGGUCCCUGUCGCUUUUCUUCUAGAAGGUAGCAACUCCUUUCAGAGAAUGAUCAUGGAGGACAGUCGAAACCUCACGAAGCUCGAUGGGGUUUUGAUCAACUCGUUUGAGGAACUGGAAGGAGAGGCACUGGCAGCGUUGAAUGAAGGAAAAGUUGUUAGAGGGUUGCCUCCGGUGUAUGGAAUUGGUCCCUUAAUGGCAUGUGAGUUUGAAAAUGUGGAUGAGGGUCAAAAGGGUAGCAUGAGUUGGAUACUGGAAUGGCUUGAUGAACAAGCUGAAGGGUCGGUGGUGUAUGUUAGCUUGGGGAGCAGGACUGAGACAAGGAGGGAGCAGAUAAAGGACACGGCUUUGGGGUUAAUAGAAUGUGGGUAUGGUUUUGUGUGGGUGGUGAAGUUGAAGAGGGUUGACAGAGAAGAGGGGGAGGAUUUGGAGGAUGUGUUGGGGAGUGAGUUGAUGGGUAAGGUGAGGGAAAAGGGUGUGGUUGUGAAGGAGUAUGUGGAUCAGAUGAAGAUUCUGGGGCACCCUGCAGUGGGGGGGUUUGUGAGUCACGGAGGGUGGAACUCGAUAACCGAGGCCGUGUGGGAAGGAGUGCCUAUUCUGACAUGGCCUCAGUAUGGAGAUCAGAAGAUGACCUCAGAAGCCAUAAAGAUGAGUGGGGUUGGGAUUUGGGCUGAGGAAUGGGGGUGGGGGACACAAAAGGUGGUGGAAGGGACGGAGAUUGCUAAGAAAAUCAAACAGAUGAUGAGCGAUGAGUCUUUGAGGGUCAAAGCUAGAGAAAUGAAGGAUGCAGCAAGGAAGGCUUGUGGUGUUGGUGGGAGUUGUGAGGUUAUUAUUAAGAGACUAAUUGAGGAGUGGAAGAGGAAUGCUCAAGUUAACUGAGCAUUGACACUCUCUAGUAUUUUGCCUAUUCACAAUAAUAAGUAGGGUUGAGAUUGAAGUCUAUUUGAACGAAUUGGCUUGGAAAAGCACAAAGCAAGAGAUGAGGUUUGACUCACGGAGAAAGAGUGUGGGUUUGGAAAUGAUGAAUGUGAUUAUGCAACCAUAAUGGAGAAACAAUGUUGCUAUUCUGAGAAUUGGUUGAGGUGAACCAUGCCAGCUCUCAGAGGGAAAGCCACCUGAGCAACUGGUUCAGAAGCUGAGAUUCUUUUCGGUAUGAUUUAGCCAACUAUAGCAGUAACUAACAACCAUAAUGGUAGUGUUAAUUCUUCAAAGGAAAAUACUUCUAUGAAUGAAAGUUUUGUUACCUUAAAUAUAUUUGUAGGAGUUUACGGUCUUAGCAAAGAUUUUCUUACUAGGAAAUAACGACAAACAGAAACUAGAAAAUUUAGAAAGACUCGAAAUAGAAGACAUCUUGUUUAUUCAUUAUGUAUAGUUCAGUCCAUGGAACUCAACUUGAGAAUAAUCUUGUAAGUAAAGUGCAAGCAGUGGCUUACACUUUACUCAUCAAGAUAUUGUAUAUUCAGCAUUUAGUAUUGAACCUUCUGGAACUGCACUUUGUAUGGCUCAGAAGUUAGAGCCAAACGCUUGCCAUAUUGGUCCUGAUAUAUCCCAAUGUCACUGCAUGGAUAAUUGCAAUAAUUGCACACACUUGGACAAUAAACCAUCUUGUAAGCAUCCUCGUACUUCUCAAUCUUGAACCAAUUGGUGAUGGUUUGAGAGCCAGGGUUGCCCAAAGAACCACCAGUUGUGAGAAACCACUGUGAUGUUGAAUAAUCAUAAUCCUUGAGCUUCCACACUGUGGACUGAGAACAACUUGUGUAGGUGGAGAAAAAGAUGUUGAGAUCAGUGGAAACGCGAAUCACACCUUUCUUAUCAUUAACAGGAAGAAAGCUCAAUUGCUGGCCUUGGUAACCAUCAACAGCUACAACAUCAAGAGGACAAUCUUGACCUGUGGUUGAAAGAGCAAGGCCACCUAUAUCAGAGGAUGCUGGAACUAUGUAGUAAUUCUCACCAGCUCUCACCUUUUUCCCUGAUGUGUCCACAACUUGGUCUGGUGCAGGACCUGCUUCCCCAAGUAGUGCCUUUGUGCUCAAGGCAACCACUAGGACCAAUGCUACCAAUGUCAUCUUCAUUUUUCUGUGUUUUAUUUAAUUUUU